AUGUUGACAUUAGUAGUUGUGAAGGAACCGCGUCGUUCUUCGGAAUUACCCACUGUGAUGGAAGUUUAUGAGGAUGCAGUAAGGAAUCCCGCUCGUUACGGCCGGCACGUUGACGGCGCCCUGAUGUUUGCUGUUUUCCGAGGAAAAGUCUCCGAAGGAAUUGACUUUGCUGAUGAUCUCGCUAGAUUGGUAAUCUCUGUUGGCAUCCCAUUUCCUAAUGCCAUGGAUGAUUUGGUGAAAGAGAAGAAGAUUUAUAAUGACGAGUUUUGUAAAACCAAAGCGUUGCUCACUGGAGAUCAAUGGUACGUGUCGCAAGCUUAUCGUGCUCUGAAUCAAGCGCUUGGCAGGUGUUUACGUCAUCGAAACGAUUGGGGUGCUCUAGUUCUUGUCGAUGAGCGAUUGACAGCUCAAGCGGUGAGAUAUGGAGGAAGUCAGUUGAUACAAUUGUUCAACGGAGCAUGCAAGAAGGCAAAAGUGUUUUAG